UUCACAAUGUUUGCAAGAAAUAAUUUAGAGCUAUUUUAUUAAUGCAAUCUUUUUCUUGUGGAAGAGAGACGAGUUUCAGUCUCUAAUCGUUUGAAUAACUUCUUAUAAUCACCUUUUAAUUAAAUAGUGUCUAUUAUAGGCUUCAAGUAACACGUAGACAGUUGGGUAUAUUUCUGCUAGAACUAUUUGUGAAUAUCGAAUACGAUUGGUUCUUGUGGACAACGUGGAAUAAACGCACGUAUGAUCAUGUUUUCAUUUCAGCGACUGUUUGUAAGUUUUCAUGAAUCAUUCGUCGAUCUAUAUUCUUUAAAUGGUGCAUGCGAAUAAGCGUAUAGAGUAUAUAUAUUCUGUUAGUGUUAGGAAAAUUUACAUUGCUUUACAUGUGAAAUCAAAUGUCAUUUAUCACUUCAAUGCCAACUACUUCCAUAUUUUUAUCCUGAUGCAACUGGUAAUACAAAAGUCAACAGCUGUUGUUUCACCUUGCUUCAGUUAAAACAAUAUUGGAUGUUAUUGACAAAACUAUACGAUAAGACGAAAAAAUGUCUGCUGGUCAGCUGAUUACAAGUGCUUCACAUUAUAGUUGAUAAAGAUUGGAUUAAGUAAUAGGAUCCAAAAUGUUCGUCUUUAUAGAUAAACACAUCAUAACAGAUAUGGGUUGAUUGGGAAACAUUUCAUUAUAAGCAAGAGAUAUUAAUACAAGUUAUAAUGAUUACUGCAUCAAAAGAUGCGACAGCUUUUAGGAAGGACCAAAAUAUUUAAUCAACUACUAUCAUUUAGCAAUGAAUUGGAAAAGAUGUGAAGAUUAUUUUUCCUGCCCAAAAGUUCAUGCAGCUGCAGAAGCUGAUAACCAAUUUGAUAAAAUGAACCACCAGAGUGUAAAUGUAACUGCACUACUGAAAUUAAAUACUAAUGAUGCUAGAGAAUUUCUUUGUGGCUGGGGUGCUGCUGUGAUUAAUGUUACUGUUACUUAUCCUGUAAACAAAGUGAUAUUUCGACAGAUUCUAGAAGGUGUACCAGCCACAACAGCAGUGCAUCAGCUAUCACACGAGGGGGUUAGAUUGUUGUAUAGAGGAAUAUUACCACCACUGUGUCAAAAAACUCUGUCAUUAAGCUUAAUGUUUAGUAUUUAUGAAGGCUGCAGACAGAGACUGUAUGUAUUGACUGAACAUAAAACAUUCGCUAAAAUUUUUGCUGCUAAUUUUGCUGGAACAUGUGAAGCUAUUUUAAUGCCAUUAGAAAGAGUUCAGACACUUUUACAGGAUUGGAGAUAUCAUGAUAAAUUUAAGAAUACUCCACAUGCUUUUAGUAUUUUAUUGCGUGAAUAUGGUCUUUCUGAAUGUUACAGAGGUUUAGUGCCAAUUAUUUAUAGAAAUGGAUUAUCAAAUUUAAUGUUUUUUACAUUAAGAGAACAAUCUAAAUAUAUGUUAAAAGAUGACAAUUCUCUUUUAUCUAAUUUUAUUAGUGGUGCAUUGAUAGGUGGAUUUACAAGUACUGUAUUCUAUCCUGUUAAUGUUAUAAAAGUUCACAUGCAAUCAAAAAUAGGUGGUGAUUUCGAAAAGUUUUCAAAAUGUGUUCAAGACAUUUAUAUAGCUAGAAAUCGAAGUAUAAAGAGUUUUUAUAAAGGUGUGCAUUUGAAUUUUAUGCGAUCAUUUAUUAGUUGGGGUGUUAUUAAUGCUUCAUAUGAUGCUCUUAAAAAUUUAUUGUUCUGAAUGUUAAUAUUGACGUAAAAUUAUGUGCUGUAAUUACUAUGGUUGAAUUUGUGAAGCUGCUAAUUAUUGUUUUGUAUAUAUAUAUAUAUAAUUCUUAGGGUCUGCAUGGACCUUAUCCUUUUAGGACAAAUUUAAAAAUACUUUGUACAUAUCUAUGGAUUAUGUACAAUCAAUGAUUAAUGUAAACAUAUAGAAUAAAAGAAAAUAUUUUAAUUUUGUAUUUUUUCUGUAUUAUUGAUACUACAAAAGAAGAUUCAUUUUAUAUA